AUGCGUAAGCCAGAACGGCAAGCAUUGAAAGAAGCAUUCGAACAAGGAGCCAAUCUAACUCUAGUAUUUCACAAACGUUUAGCGCAAAUUUCAAGGGAUAUUUUAAAAGCUGGAAAUUUAGAUGGUGCUGGGAAAAGUGUAGCAAUAUAUCAGAAAAUUGCAGCAUUUAACGAAUCCGCUUCCUCCGAUCCAUUAGGAGUUAUCUGCCUCACGUCGACGGGAUUAGCCUUAUGGGAUAUGCAAGCUACUGAGGAGAGUGCUGAAUUUACUUGGGACGCGACCGGAAACGUUGUUCAGUGUCUUGAUCUAAAGAAGAAAAUAUUAUACUACGAGUUAACGAUGGCAAACCCAAUCAAGCGUGGGACCCCUAUUCCAUUAACAUUUCUUUUAGCCGAAAGCCAAGAUGCUGUUACUAUUAAACUUUGGCUUGAAACAUUUAAACAACUCUACUUGAAACAGUACAGUUCUGCAGAUUCGUUCCCAACUCCUAAGAUUAUUAUCAACGAUCGUGCUCAGGUGCUCAUUCAGACAGCUCUAGCCUGUUUUAACAAUGAAACAUUUCGGUUAUUCAACGAAAGAGCUUAUAGAAUAUUAACAGUUCAUGCUUUACUGACUAUUUUUCUUUGCCUCGAGUCGUAUUCGGGAUGGUUGAAGCCUUCAUAUCGUAAUCAAGAUAGCUUUUCCUCUUCAACAGGAUAUGGAACAAAUGCUGAUGUUCAAAAAACCAUUCCACAUGCGUGCACUGCGCAUAUCAUGAAAGAUUCGAAAAUACUCUGUCAUAAAUCAAAAUUGAAAAAACAGGAAGUCAAAACAAUUAUGAUGUAUUGCUCUGUUGUUCUUAAUUCAAACACCUACGAAGAAUUAAAAAAGAGUUAUCAGUUAUUUUGUGUUUAUUUUAUUCAUCCGCAAGACACACCGCAACACCGUGCUGCAAAAGAACAAUUAAAUGCAGCUGUAAAAACCCUUGGAAAAAUAAAAAAGGAAAAUGUGGACGAUGUCAUUGGGUAUGACGAAAAAUAUUUACAGUUACACGUUGUUGACGAAUAUGAUAUUCACGAUAUCGACAAAGAGGAGAUUGAUGAUGACAUAAAAAAGGUGAACCAAGCUUCGCAAACGUGGUUUUCGGAAGAAGCAAUGCUGAAUGAAUUUGAUUCCAACAUUAAAACUGAUAUGCACCAGAUUUAUGGAUCUGUGUGGAAGCAACGUACGUCAGUUACAUCGCAAGACGAUACGAAUAAAUCGAGUGGUACGCACGUACGUACGAAAAGCAAGACAAAUAUGAAAGAUGAGGAAAGCGCCCCAAAAGCCUAUGAGGCUAAUUUAAAUCCGUACGAAACAUUCAUAUUGAGGUUCAACAAACUGUAUAUGGCAACUGUUCAUUUGUGGAGUAAUAUAUUACUCGGAGAUCUGGAUCAAUACCGUACAACUGAUAAUGUUGCUGCACCCGGAUCGUUAAGACAAGAGAUCGCCAAAAUUCAACGUACAACGGGGACGUCAGAAAAACCUGGUGCAACUAAGUCACGGCGUUUGAAAGAAUUGACUGAACGAUGGUCAAAGAAAAAAACAGGUCAUUAUCAACAGUACACAAAAUCAAUCGAUCAUCUGAUAAAAAUGAAAAUGCCAGAAGUGAUGUUUUAUUGCGACAUGAAGGCAGUGAUUAUGUGGGAAAACAAGGAUAAAACACAUGGACUAGAAAAUUCUGUGUUCAAAGCAACGACAGCUGUCAAAGUACUGCAAAAAAGUAUGUUAAAUAUAGAUCCAACUGUCACGCUACCCGAUCAUCUCGAUGAUUUAUGUACACUUCUCCGACGUGCAAUAACGAACCCAAACACAGUAAAAAAAGGUGCAAUUCAGUCUGUUAUAACGGGCAUUCGAAAACAUAUUGUUAGUUUAAACAAAACAGGUGCCUUUCAUCUAGUAAAGUUUAUAGAACAAUUUAUACUUCCUAUAAUCAGCACAAAUGUUCAAAUGACAGUUGUUCUCGAAACUACAUUUUCCGCUGUAUAUCGAACAAAUGAUGAUCAAUAUGCCUCUAUUACAUUACGUAAUACAAAUAAAUAUAUUUGUGAGGGUGAGGGUGAGGGUGGAUUUGGAAUUGGCGAAUGCUAA